AUGUUUUUAAGAAUUACAGCAACAUUAUUUAGACAACCUUUACUCAAGAAUUCAAUAAAGAAAUCUUUCAUGUUAGCUCCUAUGUUAUCUAUAUUAACAAAUCAUAAAUUAUUGAUAUAAAAUCUUUCCUAUUUGUAAAGCUAAUUUUAUUAGAUGGAAGAAAGUAAUGAUGAAUUAGAGUUGUUGUAAAUGAAAUUCAAUUUAUAAAAGAUAGGAAGAAGUUCCAGUAGGCAGAAUGCAGUGAGACGACUCCUAAACAUCCAUUAACAUAGUGA